AUGGUGUGCAGGGCGAAGAAGGCGAAUAAGGGGAGGUCACCGCCGACGGAGGAGAUGGAGGCCUUCUUUGCCACGGCGGAGUGCGACGUCGCGCGGCGCUUCACUACCAAGUACAACUAUGACGUCGUCGCAGACGCUCCCAUGGAUGGGCAUCGGCAAGCUCCCAUGCUGAGAUCGACAAGCUCGACCUCAGCAUCGGCAAGUACAAUGAGACCUGUCACAGCAUCGUCACCAAGCACGUCGCCGAGUGGGAGGCCGUCGUCAUGCGCAUGGGGAGGUGGAUCGACUACAAGGCCGACUUGCAAGGGGAGGUGGUCCAUUGCCUUGGCCAUCCUCACCGUCGGCUUCUCUCCUCUAAGUUAUCCCACUGAUUCCUCCCCUCUGCUUAUCUCCCAUGCUCUAUGUGGUAAAUCUUAUGAUGGCCUUGGUGCCAUGGAAAUUUCUGCUUUGGCCAUAAAAUCUUGGACUUGCUGUCAUCUUGGAUUGAUUAUAAGCUUGUUGUUGUCUUGGCUUCUUAGAACUAAGAAUAGUAACCCUCCAAAGUGA